AUUGCAUUCUGACAACAAGAAAAUAAGUACGGUCCUGCGUAUGAGUCAUCAAUUAUGACGCCUGCGUAAACAAUUCCCUGAACAAUGUCAGCAAGUGUUGUUAUUACAUCGCUGGUUCUAAUUUCAAAUUUAUAUUUCGACUGAACCAAGAUUUGUAACUAAACACCAGUUAAAAUGUCUUCGGUAAAAGUAGCAGUCAGAGUUAGACCCUUCAACAACAGGGAGAUAUCUCGAGACUGCAAAUGUAUAAUCAAAAUGGGUGGAAACACCACAACUAUUUCAAACCCAAAACUAGAUGCUCGUGAAAAAGAAGGACCCAAAAGCUUCAAUUUCGAUUACUCCUAUUGGUCACACAAUGAAAGUGAUCCAGAUUUCUCCUCACAACUUGUCGUUUACAAAGACAUCGGAGAAGAAAUGUUACAGCAUUCUUUCGAUGGUUAUAACGUUUGUAUAUUUGCCUACGGACAAACUGGUGCAGGUAAAUCCUACACCAUGAUGGGUAAACAAGAGGAAGGCCAGGAAGGCAUCAUUCCACAAAUAUGUAAAGAUCUUUUUCAUAGAAUUAGAAGUAACACAAAUCCAGACAUUAAAUACUCAGUGGAAGUAAGUUAUAUGGAGAUAUAUUGCGAGAGAGUGAGAGAUCUAUUGAAUCCUAAAAAUAAAGGAAAUUUAAGAGUCAGAGAACACCCUCUGCUGGGGCCAUAUGUCGAGGACUUGAGUAAAUUGGCAGUCACGAGUUACCAAGACAUUCAUGAUUUGAUCGAUGAAGGCAAUAAGGCAAGAACGGUUGCUGCCACAAACAUGAACGAAACAAGUUCUCGAUCACAUGCAGUAUUCACCAUUUUCUUCACGCAGCAGAGGUAUGAUGAAACAACAGAUUUAUGUACAGAAAAAGUGUCGAAAAUAUCCCUGGUCGAUCUGGCUGGUUCAGAACGAGCAGAUUCAACUGGUGCAAAAGGAACAAGAUUAAAAGAAGGUGCUAAUAUCAAUAAGAGUUUGACGACGUUAGGAAAAGUUAUAUCUGCUUUAGCUGAAAUAUCAGCAUCAAAAGGCAAAAAGUCCAAAAAGGCUGAUUUCAUACCUUACCGUGAUUCGGUUUUAACCUGGCUGUUGAGAGAAAACCUGGGUGGCAACAGCAAGACAGCUAUGAUAGCUGCUAUUUCUCCCGCUGAUAUAAAUUACGAUGAAACACUUUCCACAUUAAGAUAUGCUGACAGAGCCAAACAAAUUGUAUGUAAAGCAAUUGUCAACGAAGAUGCAAAUGCCAAGCUCAUUAGGGAACUCAAGGAAGAAAUUCAGAAACUCAGAGAACUCCUCAAAGCAGAAGGAAUUGAAGUCCAGGAAGGUCCUGAUGGUAAAGUUGUAUACGAGAAAAAAGAGACACCGCGGGCGGAAAUGGUUCCUAAGACUCAGAAAGAAAAUGAACGCGCUAGGACCCAAUCAACAACAGCUGAGGAGGCUGUAGAUCAAUUACAAGCCAGUGAAAAGUUGAUUGCAGAACUGAACGAGACGUGGGAAGAAAAAUUGAAGAAAACUGAAGAGAUACGUAUUCAGAGAGAAGCGGUAUUUGCCGAGAUGGGUGUGGCUGUAAAAGAGGACGGUAUUACAGUUGGAGUAUUCUCUCCUAAACGUACACCACAUCUGGUGAACUUGAAUGAAGAUCCGUUCAUGUCAGAAUGUUUAAUUUACUACAUAAAGGAAGGUAUCACUAAAAUUGGAACGAGUGAAGCCCAGAAUCCUCAAGAUAUUCAGCUCAACGGUUCACACAUAAAACCAGAACAUUGCGUGUUUGAAAACAAGGACGGUAGAGUUAUGCUUUUCCCUCUCAACAACGCCCUCAUUUACGUUAACGGCAGGGAGAUUACCGAACCAAUCACCCUCAAAACUGGUUCGAGAGUUAUUCUGGGAAAGAAUCACGUGUUCAGAUAUACUCAUCCAGACGAGGUUAGAGAGAUAAGGGAAAAGAACACGCCCGCAGAGAAAGUGGACUGGAAUUUUGCUCAAAUAGAACUUUUGGAAAAACAAGGAGUCGAUCUCAAGGCAGAGAUGGAGAAACGGCUGAUGACGUUGGAGGAACAGUACAAGAAGGAGAAAGAGACGGCCGAUCAGUUAUUCGAAGAACAAAGGAAGAACUACGAGGCCCGCAUAGACGCGCUCCAGAAGCAAGUCGAAGAACAGAGCAUGACAAUGUCGAUGUACAGUUCCUACACUCCGGAAGAUUUCAACACCGAAGACGACAUUUUUGUGAACCCUCUGUUUGACACAGAGUGCAACUGGACCGAGAAAGACUACGAGAUAGCGGCAUAUUCUUGGCGAAAAUGGAAACACCAUCAGUUCACUUCCCUCAGAGACGACCUGUGGGGCAACGCUAUAUUUUUGAAAGAAGCCAACGCGAUUUCGGUGGAGCUCAAGAAAAAGGUCCAGUUUCAAUUCACCCUUUUGACAGACACCCUAUACUCUCCGUUACCGGCAGAUUUAAAACCAAGCAUCGAAUACGAUCACGAAGAAGACACUCCAAUUCAACGCACCAUUGUGGCCGUUGAAGUACAGGACAUCAAGAAUGGCGCCACUCACUAUUGGUCGCUAGAUAAACUGCGUCAAAAAUUGGAACUAAUGCGACUGAUUUAUAACGAAGAGGGGGAGUUAGAGAGUCCCGAUGUAGGCUGUGAUUCUUCGAAUUUCCUUCGGUGCCUCACUCAGUGUCCAGCCCCGUCACAACGCUUCACAUUAACCAGUCUCUUACCCUCGAGCCAACGCCUGGAGCUGAUGAGGGAAAUGUACCAUAACGAGGCGGAGAUGUCACCCACCUCUCCGGAUUACAACGUCGAAGCUCUGACAGGAGGCGAUCCUUUCUACGACAGAUUCCCCUGGUUCAGGCUGGUGGGAAGAGGCUUCGUUUAUCUGAGCAAUUUGCUGUAUCCGGUCACGCUCAUCCACAAGGUGGCCAUUGUGAGCGAGAAGGGAGACGUAAGGGGGUAUCUCAAGGUGGCCGUGCAGGCUGUUGUGGACGAGGACAAUUCGGAGCAGGUGGGAGUGAGACAGAGCGCGAGGAUAGCCUUCGAGAACCCCAAGGGUAAAUGUUCGGGAUACUCUAUAGUGGAUAGGAAUAUCCACAACAUGGAGGACCGCAUAAUCGAGGGUCAGAACCACAUAGACCCCAUCAAACUCGACGAACUGAUCGAAUGCGAUGCGGACUCCGGCAGGGGAGAUAGUUCGGUGUCAUCUGACGUUAAGGAGGACGAGAUACCGGAGCAUCUGUCUGUCGGUAAAGAGUUCACGUUCAGGGUAACAGUGCUACAGGCGGUCGGAAUAUCCGCCGAGUACGCCGACAUUUUCUGUCAAUUCAACUUUUUGCACAGAUACGACGAGGCGUUCUCAACGGAACCGGUGAAGAACACCGGCAAGGGAACUCCACUUGGAUUCUACCAUGUCCAAAAUAUAACAGUGUCGACAUCGAAAUCCUUCAUCGAUUACAUCAAGAGUCAGCCGAUCGUUUUCGAAGUGUUCGGACACUACCAGCAGCAUCCCCUUCACAAGGACGCCAAGCUGGAGGGAAGCAUGCGCCAGCCUCCGCGAAGGAUGCUACCCCCCUCCAUACCCAUCUCGCAGCCAGUCAGAUCGAGCAAAUUCGGCGCUCUACCGUCGCCCUGUACUGCGCAUAUUCACGCCAAGGUCGACGUGCUGGUGUGGUUCGAGAUAUGCGAGCUUGCGCCGAACGGUGAAUACGUUCCUGUCGUUGUGGAACACAGCGACGAGCUGCCUUGCAGGGGAUUGUUCCUCCUUCAUCAGGGAAUCCAACGAAGAAUACGCAUAACAAUCGUCCACGAGAAGGUGUCCGAGAUCAAAUGGCGAGACAUAAGGGAAUUGGUCGUAGGCAGAAUAAGGAACACUCCCGAAUCUGAGGAAGACGAGGAUAACGAUAGCUCGGUGCUUUCGCUCGGUCUAUUCCCCGGAGAAUACCUGGAAAUACCCGGAGAUGACCGCGUCAUGUUCAGGUUCGAGGCGGCUUGGGACAGUUCCUUGCAUAACUCACCGUCGCUGAACCGGGUCACUUCACAGGGAGAGCAGAUCUUCAUGACCAUCUCCGCAUAUUUGGAGUUGGAGAACUGCGGAAGGCCAGCUAUAAUAACGAAGGAUUUGAGCAUGGUGAUUUACGGCAGAGAUGCAAGAACUGGACCUAGAUCUCUAAAGCACCUCUUCUCCGGAAGCUACAGGAACGCUGAAGCGAACCGUCUGUCGGGAGUUUACGAGCUGCUCCUUCGUCGAGCUAGUGAAGCAGGUAGUCCAGGUGUACAAAGAAGACAGAGGAGAGUACUCGACACUAGCUCCACCUACGUGAGGGGCGAAGAAAACCUCCACGGUUGGAGGCCCAGAGGGGAUUCCUUGAUAUUCGACCACCAAUGGGAGCUGGAAAAACUGACCAGGUUGGAAGAGGUCGAACGCGUCCGACAUACGCUACUGCUGAGGGAAAAAUUGGGCGUUGACAAAACGUACAAUAAGUACCACCUCGAAUACACCAAGAACGAAAAGGACGUAUGCAACAUGGUAGCUAAGAACAACAACAUAAACGCCAAUGCCGCUCAAAAUUUGGACUUUUACGAAUACUCAGAUCGCGAGAAGGAGUUGUUGAUGAAGUGCAUAAGGCUCAUCCAAGGAAAGGGUGCUAGGGAUGCCUUGAACAAUAUUAAAGAAGAAGUAAGUAGCCCAUCGGAAGAAGCCACAGAAAUGAGUACGAGCAUGAUAUCCAGUAUGGUGUCAAACAGUUCCAUAGAAUUAUGUUCUCCAGAAAGGGCAGCUUUGCCAGGCGAAUGCGCACCCUUCCCACAAAUGUCACCCAUCCCUCCAGCGCCCCACGACCCCGACCUUGUUCUGUAUGUGCCAGACAUGGAAGAGAUAAGGAUUUCUCCCGUUGUUGCCAGAAAGGGAUACCUGAAUGUGUUGGAACACAAGACCCACGGUUGGAAGAAACGAUGGGUGACUGUAAGACGUCCCUACGUAUUCAUAUUCCGAGAUGAGAAGGAUCCAGUAGAAAGAGCGCUCAUAAACUUGGCAACAGCCCAAGUGGAAUACUCGGAGGAGCAGUCCAGGAAUGUGCAGCUUCCCAACACCUUCAGCGUCAUCAGCAAACACCGGGGUUACCUUCUGCAAACGCUGCACGAGAAAGACGUGCACGAUUGGCUCUACGCUAUAAAUCCCCUUCUGGCAGGCCAAAUAAGGUCAAAAUCUGCCAGGAGACAGCCAAGAAAAAUCCAGGAAACGAACGAGAAUACUGUGAGCAAAUGAGAUUUGCUAAAUAUGGAAUCCAUACUGGUUUAUUGAAAAUAUCUGUUUAGGUAACACGUUAAUAUGCCAACCUAAGAAGCUGCUAAACUUAUAACCCACAUUUUAGUAUCUACUCAUAUCUCCACUACGAUAUUUUCUGUUCUGAAGUGGAGCAAUUUAAAUGUACAUUUAGACAUUAGGAAUAUUUUUGACACCAAGGUGUAGUGGAAUGAACCACAAAUCAACAGCAAUGUGGAGUUGAUGUACAGAGUUUUCGAGAAUCAGUAAGGAUUUCAUAUUUAAAGUCUUCAAAUUAGAUAAGUGUGUACGUUCUAGUCAUUAUGAAAUAUGUAUUGCAGAAUUUAUCCUUUAUUCGAAUUUAUAUUUUAAGUUGGAAAUUCUCAGAAGGAUCACAGAGGUGUAAUUUAAAGAUUCGAGCGAUGAAAUCGAAGAUAUUUACUCAUUUUAUAAGGCUGCGAAUUAUAACUUGGAAUCAUUGAUAGUUAAACAGAUUAUAACAUAACUAUUUAAAGCUUCUAUGCCGUAAUUUAAAAUAAAGGUGUCUUAUUGUGUAAGCCAAUUCAAGAUUUUUGGAAUGUAUUAGUUCACCAGGGGGUCCCUUGAAAUCGAGUUAUCGAAGGCCAAAUGAACACUGACAAUGUAAAACCAUGAUAAUAACUCUCGAUAUUAGUAUUUCUGCUUUAUAGGAACUACUAUUAUUACACAUAAGGUAUAGUUUAAAAGCAGAACACUAGUCCGAAUUAUAGGACUUGAUUAUAAUCUGCUAAAUUAUGAUGGAUUUGGGAAUUUCACUAUUCAUAGAUUUGAGAAAAACCUUUAUGAAUGAAGAUUAACUUUUCCAUGAAAUGAUAGACGCAGAGAUUAAACAUUAAUAAACAACACAACAUACAUAUUAUGAUCUCCACUCGAUUUCCUGGUACACUAUAUUCAAGUCAAGGCCUAUUUUUCCUCUGUGUCAGCUCUAUUGUAAUAAUGCAUUACCCAGUUUCUCUGAAGUUGAAGUUUACACCCAUCGCAUAACUAGCUUUUUCACUCAUAAAGAGAUCACUGCUGAUGUGUAUUGUACAGGAUGUAAUUGUGUUUACGGAAACGAUAAAAAAAGCACUAUUUAGGCUGCUGAUGCAGCUUGGUUGGAGUUAUGCUGUUUUGAAUGAUAGUUUAUCUGACCAAACUUUUUGAAAGACGUGACUUAGAGAAAUACCAGCUUUAGUCUUCAUCUGGUUGAAGGAAAUUAUUUUUUUCAUCAUGGAGAACUGAGGAGAAUAGAUUAUUUAUUACUUAUCCACAUCUUGAUGUAUAGAAAUGUAUAAAUGUAAUCCGAAAGAACAAAUUCUUCAAAUCCCUAAAAAUGUAACCUUAUUGGAUAUAUACACCUAACUUAGGUAUACUUAGUUUUUAAAAUUUUACAAUGAAUUUCGUUCCUUAUGCUUAUUUGUUAUUACAAACUGAUAACUGUUCACUUAAAUGAUCAUUCCAAAGAAAAUCGAAGAAGAAUUUAUAAGUUGAGUUCAUUCUAUAUUUGAAAUUUUGAACAUGGUGAAAUUCGAGCUUUAAAAUCGAUGAAAUGUUGUGAUUUUAUUUAUGUGAUUUGUUUGUUAUUAUUCAAUCACAAUGUAAUAGAUGACUAUAAUAUGUUGUAGUUGCUUGUUACCAAAAAGUCAAUUUUAUUUUUCUAGUUAUUGAAUUUACUAUACCUUUAUGUCUCUCUUACUCUUAUGCGCUUCAUGCUAUAAUUAAUGUAAAAACAUUAAGAUGUAAUAGGUAGGAAAUAUUCCUUAGGUAUUUUAUUUCAACUUGAUCUUUGUGAUAUUUUAAUUUUUUCGUUAUUUAUAUUAAACAUAAUUGUAUAAUUGUGUAAGCAUAAACAAUAAAUAAAUGAAUUGAAUCUUCAA